UGGAUUGACAAGAAAGAUGAACGUUGUUAGCCUUGUAUGAAUCUAGACAGCACAACACUGCUUUCGAUCAUUACAAAUCUUACAUAAGGCAGUCGACAUUAACAGAGUGUGGUGAAUACAAUUGGAAAUAUUCCAAAGGAUUAUAUGCGGGAUUUAACCGCUUUUUGGAAUAGUAAAAAUAGGCAAUGUAAACACGGCGAAAAACUUUCACUACUACUACUACUAUCUAGCUUUUAAACUUGUCCUGCUUUUCAAAUUAAUUAAACGUCAACGCUAUUGACGUGAGGCGUAAGGUUACGUUUACGUUGAGAACAAUACGCGAUAAAUUAAGCAAACGUGAAAGUAACACGCGAGAACUUUUGUAUGCACUUGUUUUUCCUUGGUAAAAUAUGGUGAGGAUUUUACGUGGUGUCAACACAAGAAAUCGACGUGGGGAUAUGUAAAUAACAAUGCACGUGUAAAGGGAUGUGCACAAUGUUUUCUGCGUUUUGUAGGGGCAGCAUUUGGGGCUGUGUCCGUUUAGGUUUUAUGGUGCUAUUCUUAAACAUUGGAGGAGUAUUAACCCAGUCAGACUUACAAAUCAACAUCCGGUUGGUUAAUGGGUCGGACGCCUCCCGUGGUCGUUUGGAAAUCCAGAAGGUGGGCGGUGACGGCGUCUGGGGCACUGUGUGUAAUGAUCAAUACGAGGUGGACAACAAGGCGGCCACCGUCGUCUGCCGCCAGCUUGGGUUCCUCUGGGGUGAGGCAACAUUGGCGGGGGAGUUUGGUUUCGGUACGACCGACCAGCCGAUCUUUCUGGACCAGGUGAUGUGUGAAGGGACAGAGGCGUCCAUCGCCAAUUGUCGCCACGACGGUUGGAACAUCCACAACUGCUUCCACCACGAGGACGUUGGGGCCAUCUGUCACAAUACAUCAGUUCGUUUACGGUCCCCCACGAGGAAGGUGGGGGUUGGCGUUGUCGAGGUGAUGGGUGAGUACCGGUGGCGCGAUGCCUGCGACACCGGAUGGAACAACUGGGCCGCCACGCUCGUCUGCAAGGAGCUUGGUUUUGUCCACGGGGUCGCGGAGUGCUGCUCUGCCCUAGGACCAUUCCAACAUUUGAUUUUAAAUGUCAACAAUAAUGAAGCGAAAUCCUAUAAUUACAACUGCACGGGUACUGAAACUCGCCUGGCAGACUGUCCCAACACGACAUUUUCGCGAAUGUGCGAAUACUCCCACCGUGCGUCGGUCGUCUGCCACGACACAGCUCCUGACAAGGUCAACAUGAGUUUUGCAGUGCGUAUGACAACAGGAGGAGAGAAUUGGGGGAAGGUUGAGGUUCGUCAUAGCGGCGUCUGGGGUCAGGUAUGCAGCGACAAAUGGACGGACACUGCUGCCAAUGUCACAUGUCAACAGCUUGGCCAGGGCUUCAUAGGGGGCGUUGCCCUGGGCUCUGUUAACUCAAUAGCCUGGGACAAUGUUAUCCUGGACAUGCCUGUAUGGCUUGUGGACCCUGUCUGUAUUGGAAUGGAAAAAAGCCUGGACAAGUGUGUGUACACACAGUGGGGGGAGCCUCUUGUUUCUGGCUGUCUCCCAGCAUAUGUGCUCUGCUACAAGAAAACAGGUGUACAGGUUGACAUAGUCGGUGGAGAGAAGCCCCACUUUGGGAGGGUUCAGAUCACAUAUGAUGGGGUCCCUGGGUCAGUGUGCACAGAGGAGUGGUCUGAUAAUGAUGCCAACUUGGUAUGUCGGAUGAAUAAUUACAGUGAUGGAGUGGUGCGUACCCCAAGUGGCUCCCAGAAUAUACCACCCUACUACCUUAACAGGCUCAUGUGCUUCAACAGCCCCAAAACACUGUUCAUGUGUACAUCAUAUGGCUGGGGAGUCAACACAGAGACCUGCACACAGGCUGCCCAUGUUAUGUGUUAUAAAAACAUUCGUUUAGUUGGAGGCACAGAGAAGAGCGGGGUUGUCCUGUAUUAUGAUGCAUCCACCAGUAAGUGGAUGGGAUUUUGUGACCGUGGCUUCAAACAGGAUUAUGCUGACAUGAUCUGCCGGGAGCUCGGCCAUGAAACGGGUACUCUUCUUGAGAUGGGGGCAUAUGGGAAGAUAUACAUUCCCCUGGGAAGAACCAGCAUGGCCUGUGUGGGAAACGAGACAAGUGUUUUAGACUGUCCCUAUGAUAAACAUGAAGUGUGUUGGCAAACAGAGAAACAUUAUGUGUCGGUCAGCUGUCAUAAAGAUGUUAUGGAUACGGGUCCAAUGUAUCGGUUGAUGGGUAAUGUUCCUGAUGCAAAGUAUGGGAAAGUUGAGGUUUUUUAUAAGCACACAUGGGGAGAAAUAUGUGCUGAUGGCUGGACUGACAGGGAGGCUUAUGUCUUCUGUAUCACAGAGGGUUACGCAGGUGGAGUUGCAGACAACUAUGCCUCUCAGACCGAACUACCCACAUUGGUGUCCGAGGUCAAAUGCCAGGCAAAUGAGACCAACUUCAUCUCCUGUGUCAUCGGGGACUACUUUUUUUGUGAGACCAAAUCCAGAGCUGGAGUUAUCUGCUACACUGAUUCAGCCCCAACGGUGAGCCUUGUGGGUGGUGGGUUGAACUACGGGCGUGUGCAGGUGAGCAGUGAUGGGGUUGCAGGCUCUGUCUGUGACUGGGAGUGGGAGUCCAAGGCUGCUGAUGUUGUCUGUCGACAGAUCAAUUCUAACUUCACACAGGGGGAGGUCUACUACGACUUUCCACCGGCUACAGGGGAGGUAAUGUUACAUGUCCAGAGUUGUUCUGGUAUUGAGAAUUCACUGCUGAAGUGUGCUAAUGCUGGAUGGAGAAAUGUCCCUCAAGCAUGCCUGGAUCACAGUCAUGAUGUCGGGGUCUACUGCUAUGGCAAAGUGCGUGUGGUAUCUGGUACAAAGACGCACUCUGUGGUAACAGGACGUGUAGAGGUGCGACCCCCGCCUGAUAGUGGGGACGGGAGGGACUGGAUCGCCGUGUGCGGGGAGGGCUUCGAUCAGCAGGACGCGGAGGUGGUCUGCCACGAGAUGGGAUUUGACAGGGCUAAGGUGCUGGCUCCUGGAUCUUUUGGUGUAAAGCCACUCUGGAAGUUCUACACCAACAUGACCUGUAAACCAGGAGGCCUAGAUAUCCACUCGGACUGCACGUAUGACAAAGGGGUGUGCAAGAGCUCCACUCACAACUAUGCCAGCGUCAUGUGCUACAAGUCUGGCACUGACCCUCAUCAGAAGUUUUACAUAGAGAAUGGUUUCCAUGGCCUGGUGAUUGUGGAGGAGUAUGGGCUAAACGGCACGGUGUGUGUGGAUGGAUGGUCGGACCGGGACGCCACUGUUCUCUGCAGAAGCAAGGGUUAUAAAGCUGGUGUGGUACUGGGAGUGCCCGAGAUCUUUACACGGACGAUGCCGAUCUGGUACACGAAUGUCUCCUGCACUGGGAGGGAGGGAACCCUUGCAGACUGUAGUAAGGCGGACAAUGUCCCAAUCGCAUGCUCAAUGUCCCUCAAGGCGGCUGGGGUCCUCUGCUACAAGACAACAGGAGUGAGCGUUCAUCUAGCUAACAGUCAGGGCGCCAAUUAUUAUGGUCGAGUGGAGGUUGAAGUGGAUGGGGUGCGUGGCACGAUUUGCGACUAUGACUGGUCCACAUAUGACGCCCGUGUUACCUGUAGCCAACUUGGCUUUGUGGAUGGGGAGGCGUUCCGCAAGUCUUUCUACGGCAACGGAAAUGGAUCCAUUGUUCUCUCAGGUAUGACAUGUGAUAGCAUGGAACGGAGUCUCCUUGAAUGUCCCAGUAUGGGCUGGAACAACAUCCAUGUCAUCUGUAACGGUCACGACAGCGAUGCUGGGGUGUUCUGUAAGAGGAAAGUGAUGACAGAUCAAGCUGAGAACUACGGAGCGGUGAAGGUUUGGAAUAAGGGGAGUUACUACCUGGUAUGUGCCGAGGGGUUUGAUGACUUAGAUGCACUUGUGGUGUGUCGAACUAUGGGAUACACCUUUGGCAAGAGCCUCUGCUGUGAUGCAUUCGGGCAACAGAGUGCUAAAAUUGGUUUCUCGUCGUCAAUGUGUACAGGACAGGAGGUGAAUUACGAGGACUGUUUGAAGGUGGAGGGGCAGGGGGCGUGUCCUUCGAACCAGUACGCCUCAGUCGUCUGCUCCAGGGAGGCAGCAUUGCCAGGUUUUGAGAUCAGUAUCGAAGAAUAUGAUUAUGUAACUGGUAGUGGUCCCCUGCUCAUUGAGAUGCAGGGCCAGAAGGGAUACAUGUGUGCCGAGGACUUUGACGACAAGGACGCCACUGUAGCUUGUAGGCAGCUCGGUUAUAUUGGUGGAUAUGCUUACAAGUAUUAUAAUGAAGAUGUGAAGUCUCGAUCGACCAUGGACCUUCGCUGGCUACGCGGCCCCAACUGCACAGGCUUGGAGGAGAGGUUAGAUGAAUGUCCGGGCAUCAACAUCGCAAAUGUCUCUGGAUGCUUUGUACUCUCCCAUGCAGCUGUGUUUUGCUACAAGGAUUCAGUUUUAAGUGACUUCGAGGUUCGUCUGUCCAGCGCGCCCCACCCCGGGGAAGGGUUUGUCCAGGUCAAAGUCAACAACACCUGGGGCAGCAUCUGCACAUACGACACACUCAUCAGUGAUUUCGAAGCAACAGUGGUAUGCCAGCAGCUGCAUUUCAAGUAUGGAAUUAACAUCCCAAUCCCGAGUUACCCACGCUUGACUGGGAAGGUUUGGCUGAACAACAUGAACUGUGUGGGGAAGGAACACAGUGUGCAGGAGUGUCUGCUGUCUGGGAUGGGCCAGCGUGUCUCACCCUUGUGUCAGUCACACUCUCAUGAUAUGGCCGUCAAGUGCUACGCUCAUGUGCGACUGGCAGCAUCCAUAACCCCCAACUUUGGCAUGGUACAAGUGCUGAAUGAGACAGGCAAUCACUGGGUGGCUGUGUGUGACACAGGCUUUGAUGACACUGCUGCCACCGUCGUCUGCCGGAACAUCGGGUACAAGGCGGGCAAGGCCCAAUGUUGCUCUAGCAUAGGAUCCAAGAUGCAAUAUUACAACCCUAUUGAAGUUUUUGAUGUGAAAUGUCCGGAGAAUGAGACAGACUUUACCAAGUGUUCAUACAAUAUGAGCAAAAAUGUUGUCUGUCCCUCAGGGAAUUAUGUUUCUGUGCUCUGUACGGACGAUACACCUCCAAAAGAAGAUCUGCAUGCGAGUAUAGUAUCACGGGGUCACUUCGGGAAUGUGGAGGUGUCACGGUACGGAGUGCAGGGGGCCUUGUGUGAUCUGGACUGGGAUGACAAUGAUGCCAUGGUUCUCUGCAGGGAGCUCAACUAUACUCAUGGUUUUGCGGCCAAUGGCACCAACACAGCAGAGAAGCCCAUAUUGCUGACAGGUCUGGAUUGCUAUGGCAACGAGACGUCCAUAUCCCAGUGUCGUUAUCCACCCCUGAUUCUGGGUCAUGGAUGCUCUAAUAGGCUCACAAGAGCUGCUGUGUUCUGCUCCCUGAAUAGUGAGCCUAUCCAGUACAGAGUGGCAGAUCUGAGAAAUAACCGGGGGAGGGCGGAGAUCUACGUAAAUGGUAUGUGGGGCACGAUUUGUGACAUUUAUUGGCAGGACAAGGAUGCCGAUGUGUUUUGCCGACAGACGGGGUACUUGGGCGGGGAGUCAACAGUCCUCGUGAGUAGCGGGCAUUACGACCAGCCCAUCUGGAUGUCACAUGUUGAGUGCACAGGAAAGGAGACAAACUUCAUGCAGUGUAGAGCCCGUUGGGAUGAGAAAGCUGUGUCACGUUGUUCACACUUUGAUGAUGCUGGUGUGAAAUGUUACAAAUCUGCUCGUUUGAACCGAGGAGACUACCAUACCCAUCAGACAAAUGGUAUUGUGGAGAUGUUCAUGCACCAGCAAGAUCAGUCCUGGUAUACUGUGUGCGCUGACACAUUCACUGACAAGGAAGCAGAGGUUGUAUGCCGUGUACUUGGACAUGACCAUGGUAUGGCGGUAUGCUGCUCGCCCUACGGCUAUAACACGGCCCCGAUGGCGAGAUUCCAGCCCAAAUGUAAUGGCACAGAAAAGCAUAUCACGGACUGCGAGCUUGUUCCUAACAGCACCGAGUGUGCUCGACAGAACUAUGCAUCUGUAACCUGCUAUAAUGGAAGUCGAACACAAACAGAGUACUCUGUGGCAUUGAAAGGUUCGCUUAAGUACACAGGCCAGGUAGUAUUAGAAUACAUGGGUGUGCCCGGGCGUAUCUGCUGGACCGACUGGAGUGAUGAAGAUGCCCGGGUCAUCUGUCGGGAGAUGGGCUUCAAAAAUGGGUCGGCAUACUACCACUACAAGUCAACCUUUAUCUACCUCAACUACAAUGGGCCCUACUGGACCAGCAAUGUCCAAUGCCUUGGUAAUGAGACCCAACUGAGUGACUGCCCCCAUACAGGAUUUGGAUAUGUGACAGACUGCAAUGACAGGGGUCACUAUGCUGGGGUCAUCUGCUUCGAUGACGUUGAUGUUGCAUACAGGAUAUCCGGCGGUGAUUCACGGUACGGUCGGGUUGAGUUUACCUAUGACGGAACAUGGCACACGAUCUGCAGCAGCACAUGGGGACAGCCGGAGGCCAAUGUCACGUGCAGGCAGCUUGGUUAUGUCACGGGAGAUACAUACAACGGGGAUUACAGUGUGGCCCCAUCGGGAAAAGCUUAUACAGUCAAUUUCAGGUGUACUGGGGGAGAGAAAGAUCUUGGUGAGUGUCCACAUGAGGGUAUUCAGGAGUCCAUGUUCUGUCAGGAUCACAAGCAGGAUGAGGGGGUCUUCUGUUACACCAGCGUGAAGCUGUCUGGAUCACAUGGUUACAACAGUGGCAACGGCACAGUGCUCUACUACCUGAAUGACUCUUGGUCCUUUGUGUGUAAUGAUGGAUUCACCGACGUAUCCGCCAAGCGUGUUUGUCAGGAACUUGGCUUCGCUGAUGGGCGAAGCAUCUGCUGCGCUGCUUUUGGAACAGUUGUUAUGAUUGACCGGGAGUUGAGCAACUACAGCUUGCAGUGUGAGAAUGCUGACACUCCGCUUGAAGAUUGCCUCGUCAAGCUGGACAAGUGUACGUCCGGGUAUGCCUCUGUCGUCUGCUUUAAGGAAGGACAAGUCAUAGAAGAUGAUGAGCACACAUUUGAGCUUGAAAAGGCCAGUGAAGGUCAAAUCAUGGUCACACACUAUGGCGUUACCGGUCGUAUAUGCAGUAGAGACUGGGAUGAUAAUGAAGCAAAAGUGUUCUGUCGAGGGCGUGGGUUCAAAAAUGGCAUCGCCUACCAACGGUCUGAGAGCAAUGUCCUCCUUGAAAAGAGAGGUCCCUACUGGCUUGGCGGCUUCAACUGUACAGGAAAUGAGAGCUCCAUAAUGGACUGCCCGCAUCUGAAUAGGACCAACUUGGAUAAUUGUACUGCUUAUGACAUCGCUGCUGUACUCUGCUAUAAUGAUUCAGGCAUACAGUACCGUCUUGCCGAUGGCAGUAACCACUAUGGCCGUGUGGAGAUCCAGAUUGGAGGCCGGUGGGGGACAGUGUGUGACCAGUACUGGGACCGUCGCGAGGCCUCUGUCAUCUGUCGUCAGCUGAACUUCACAGAUGGAGAGGCGGUGGGUGGGGCUCACUUUGGGCGCGGGAAGGGACCCAUAUGGAUAAGUCAUCUGGAGUGUAAGGGGACGGAGGCCAUGCUUCAUCAGUGUCCACACAGAGGGUUCACCAGUGAGUUCUCCUUUGACUGGUGGUUCCCUCUGCCCUGUGAAACACAUGGUGAUGAUGCUGGUGUCUUUUGCUACCAGUCAGUGCGUCUGAAUCGCGGCCCCAGCGCUGCUGCUGGCGGUCUGGAGGUGCACAGGAACGGGGUCUGGUAUGGUGUGUGUGACACCGGGUUUACACGCAAAGAGGCCCUUGUCGUCUGCAAGAGUCUAAAGUCACAUUAUGUGGAUGCUCUUGCCCUUGGAGGUUCUGCAUACGGAAACCUGACAGGGCAGGUCGGGUUUUCCCGUAUUAAGUGUAACGGCUCGGAGACCGACCUGACCCAGUGUGACAUGACCUUUGACCCAAUAUGCCCCUCUGGCCACUAUGCCUCUGUCUACUGUAGCAACAAGACCAUUGUUGAUGAUGGAUUUUCUGUACGGCUUGCGGGAGACAGUCUAUCAAGCCGAGUGCAUGGGAUCCUUGAAGCGCGGGUACAGGGAAUCUGGGGUCGAGUGUGUCUGUACGGGUUUGACGAUAAGGCGGCAUCGGUCGUGUGCAGACAGUUUGGGUAUGAUGGUGGAGUUGCCUACCUGCACAUCAUGAAGAACGACAAGCCUGUUCUAGUCAGGGAUAUACGCUGUAAUGGUACUGAGAGUUCUCUCACUGACUGCACGAUGAAACAGAUGUCCCCGGACCUGGACCACUGUCACUAUGGCUCCAACGAUGCAGGCGUCAUCUGCUAUAACAACACAGGUGGCACUGGAUUUGACUACCGUCUCAAUGGAGGUUCAGACCCAUCCAAUGGUCGUGUGGAGAUAGGUUACGGAGGUCGCUGGGGCAUGGUGUGUGCAUGGUCAUGGCAGACAGCAGAUGCCUCUGUUCUUUGUAGGGCACUUGGAUACAAGGACGGCAUUGUCAGCUACGACAAAAACAUAAGUCUGGGAUUCAGCAUCCCAUGGGUGACAGGGUUUUUCUGCACAGGUAACGAGGCUUCCCCAAUGACCUGCCUUAACACGGGCUUCAACUCCACAUUCCUUACAGACUUGUGUAUGGGAGGUCGUGACAUCGGGGCAUUUUCUCAGUGUUACAGGGAACAUGUGGUGCCAAAGGAUAUUCGAUUAGUGGACGGUCCUAACAAUCACACGGGGCGUGUGGAGGUGUUUGUGACCGGGGCGAAUGAGUGGGGCACGAUAUGUGAUGACUACUGGGACAACAUGGAUGCCCGGGUAGCGUGUAGUCAGCUUGGGCUCUAUGGGGGAACAGCACUGAAGAAGGCUCCCUUUGGACCUGGCACAGGCCGUAUCUGGUUUGACAACAUGAAGUGCAAAGGAAAUGAAUCCACCAUCUUCAACUGCUCCCAUCGUGGACUAGGCACCCACAACUGUAAUCACACAGAAGAUGUUGGCGUCAUCUGUCAGGUGGCUCCACCCCCUACCAGUGCUCCCGUCACGACCACCACACUGGCAACAACUGCCCCACCGGUGAAAACCACCCCCAAGAGGACAACAACAGUUGCACCAACAAAACCUUCCCACACCACCACCCCAAGACCGCCCCCGACACAACCACCCACAACCAGACAAACACGCCCUCCCAUCACCACCCCAGCUCCCACCCCGCGUCCAACCACCACCACCAAAAAGGCUCCAGUUACUGCCCCUCCAGCAACAACAAUGAAGCAAGAAACAACGCCUAAAGCAAAAACAACGCCUAAAGCAAAAACAACGCCUAAAGCAGAAACAACACCAAAACCCAACAUUCAAACUACCACAGAAAGUCCAAAGGAGCAGACAACACAUUCUGAAAUAUCUCCAGUCACAACAGAACAAACAACAAGGAGAAUGGACAUAACUGUGUCUGCUCAAUCAUCAUCAUCGAGGGCUAACAUUGGAGUGAUUGUUGCUGUACCUUUAGUAAUCAUUUUUGUUAUAGCUAUCAUUGUAGCAUUUGUGGUGAUAAGGUUCAGGCGACGGAAGGCUUCCGCGUACAGGGAACAUUUUGACGAUUCUGUGAUAUCGCGACAUGAUGAUGGAACGGUUACGGCCAGUAACCAGUUGUAUGACUUGAAUCUCCAACCCACGUCACCCGGGUCAACGUUCAAUUCCCCGAAUGAGGAUAACAUGAUGUUGGGUGCCAAUGGUAGCGCUCACUACAGCAAAGGAGUCUCAGACGGGGAUAACAAAGGGGCCUUUAGCAAUCCCCUAUACGAUGCCAACAAGGAUUUCGACUCACCAAUUGAAGGACAAGUCAAUGGGGUCCCAAAGUCUCUGCCAGCCAUUGGCGAAAUAACAUUCCCGGAAAAUGAUAUUUUGGGGAAUAAAUCUAAUGCAUAAUGAUUUGAACUCUCUCAUUUGGAUAUUGUGUUUUUGUUGAGAUAUUAAUUUAUUUGCUGUAUGAUCACAUUGCAUUGCCAAGGUUGAUAUAUUAUGGAUACCUGUGUGGUGAAUGAUUCUGUGUUUGGUCAAUCGAAAGAGUUUUUUUCUUUCUUGUAAAGUUAUCACCCAAUUGGAUAUGCAAAAAUAUGUAACACUGGCCUCAUCUCGUCAAUGAUCAUAUCAAAUGAUUGCUUAUUUUAAUUGAUAUUUCUGUGUAGUAGUAUCAUCUAAUUUUGAAAGUAAUAUUUAUUUUUGUUUAAACAUAAUUUAUUUUAUUUUGCAAGCAAAAAGUUCAAUUUAAUUGGAAAAACUGACAUAAAAUGUUACUGAAAUUCUUGAUUUUACAAUAUUUUGUCAUUCGCUUGUUGGAAAAAUGUAAGAUAUUCUUUUAAUCCAAGAUACAUGUUGUUUAAAAUGGGUCAGGAUUUUUGUUUUGGAAACAUUGCUUAUACAUAUAACUGCACUUUCUUGCCAUUUGUUGUUAAACUAUACUGUAACAUCCUCCAAAUAACCUAGUUAUUUUAUAUAAUUGAAAAGAUGAAACUUCAAUCACAAUUGUUUUUUAACACUCAAAAAUAUGUAGUUAGAAAAUUAUUGGGCCAAUUGUUCAGAUCUGUUUUUUAAGGUUAAAAAUGUUGUUAAUGCCAUCGUUGUUAACUUUCAAAUAUUUACUACUCUUGGUAUUUUAUUGACACACACAUGAUUUAAAACACUUCUAACAAAUAUUGAAAUAACUGUUUCAGCUGUGCCUGUUUAAUUUAGAUGUAUCAGGACGUCAUGCAAUAUUCCACCUUUAAACGUUAACAACGAUGCCGUUAACAACGAUGCCGUUAACAACGUUGUUAACAAUAAUACUUUUAUAAAGUUCUGAAAAAAUCAGCUCAUUUUUUUUUCAAAUGUCGAAAUUUUAAUCAAUGAACAGCCAUUAUUUCAUGUAUUAUUUUUUCAUUUACACUUUGUCUCAGUCACUUUCCAUGCUACAUCGCUUGGAUUGAAAAUGAAUAUACAAUGUAAGUUACAUUAAAGUAAGAUUAUCUUUAGAAAGAAUUACUUUGAGGCUGUUGGAAAUGGAUAAGUGGAUGUUAUAUUGAUAUGGUUUAAUCAAUUUAUGUAGAAAUCAACUCUUAGUUCAGUGUGUAGCUGUGUUAAUAUAUGUUGUAAAUAAUGACACAUGUUGCUGUUUAUAUGAGCGCAUAUACAUAUCAUCAAGUUCGAAAGACACAGGUAGUGUUUGAAUCGAAUAGGAGCUCUUCUAUUGGGUGUUUUGUCUGGGUAUGGCAAAGAAAUAUUGAUGUUGUGAUUUAGAUUCUAAUGAAAGUGCAUUGUUGAUCGUGUACCACGUGCACUUUUCGACUGCACAGGAAUGCAGUUUUGUGGGUUACUAUAUAAUAUAUUGUGUUCAUUUACUUACUGUGUUUCCACUGUUAAGCAUUUAAACAUUCCAGAAAAUAAAUCAUUAUAUAUUUUUUA